GCAGUUGGCGUGGAGCGCCAGGAGGGGGCGCUCUUCGCCAUAUCCGGCUCAACGGGUCUGGUGUUUUAAUCUGGAUCGAACCGGUUCGGGAAAAGGUCUAAAUAUUUCUCGGAAAGCUGCUCCUUCUUUUUUAGAGGCUUAAAGUAUGAGAAUAGCUUGAUUUAUUGAUUUAUAUUUUUAUUUUUUACAAAAACGCCGUUAAGGAAAAAAAAUAUGUAAUUUUGUUUUAAAAAAGAUAAUUUAUUCUAAAUGACAUUAAACUGAAACUUUUAGACUACAGUCCCUUUUAUUUCCGCUCACUCACGCGGCGUGACGUCACGGCCGGGAGCUGUCCACGCAGCUGGUGGUGCUGAAGCUGAACAAGAUGGCUGUGUGCUGGAGACCGGGGAGCUGAGAGCGGAGGAGGGAGAGGCUCUGAAAUCCCGCCCGUCGCGCCGCCAAACACACGGGAGGCUCGCUGGCGUCCUCCCCAAACCGGAACACGGUCCGUUCUACCGGUUGACACGCAGCCGUUCGGGUCCUGGUCCCGCUCAGCCGCGGAAAAGGCGGGCAGCCGAACCUCUCCAGCCCAGCAUUCUCAGCGGAACUGAACCCGAGCGCCCGCACGAACGCUCCAGAAGCCGGACUCGGACCUGAAGCCACGCUGGAGAGAUGUCACUGCUGUGUGUUGGAGUGAAAAAAGCCAAACUGGAUGGUCUCCAAGAGAAGUUCAACACCUACGUGACCCUGAAGGUGCAGAAUGUUAAAAGCACAACCAUCGCUGUGCGGGGCAGCCAGCCCAGCUGGGAGCAGGACUUCAUGUUUGAGAUAAACCGUCUGGAUUUGGGCCUCACCGUGGAGGUGUGGAACAAGGGGCUCAUCUGGGACACCAUGGUGGGAACCUUGUGGAUCCCCCUGCGCAGCAUCCGGCAGUCUAAUGAGGAGGGUCCAGGCCAGUGGUUGACCCUGGACUCCAACGCCAUCAUGUCUGAAAACGAGAUCUGUGGAACCAAAGACCCCACGUUCCACCGGCUGCUGCUCGACACGCGCUUCGAACUGCCUUUAGACAUUCCCGAAGAGGAGGCCAGAUACUGGGCGAAGAAGCUGGAGCAGCUCAAUGCAAUGAGAGACCAAGAUUAUGCUUAUCAAGAAGAACAGGAGCGUCCACUUCAUGCUCCGUCCACACAGUGCUGUAACUGGAGUUUGUGGGGCGACCAGCAGAAUGAGGAUCCGGACAGUGCUGUGGAUGACAGGGACAGCGACUACCGCAGUGAGACCAGUAACAGCAUCCCACCCCCCUUCUACACCACCUCCCAGCCCAACGCCUCCAUGCACCAGUACCCCAUCAGGCAUCCGCAGUACCGCCACUCCUACAGCGACGACCCCCACCUGCUGGACUACGACCGCAGGAGCAUGAGACGCUAUGAUAGUUUAGAUUCUGCCACCAACGAGCGCAGUGAUCUCGACUCAGGCUCGGGGUCGAGCCGGCGCACCAGUCGUCAGUAUUCUCUAGACAGUAGGCACUCACUGUCCGAUAGCCCCACAGACAGCCGGUACGCCUCGUCUGCUGAGCUGAGCCGUGGCAGCUCUCAGCUCAGCGAGGAGUUCCCUCCGGAGGAUGGAGAAAGCCUCCGAGGAUCAGAGUUCUACGACGAGAACGACUCCUACCACUCCUGCCACUCCUCCGUCAGCUACGGCAAAGAAGACUCCCCCGGCUGGGAGGGCGAGGACCACCCCGCGGUCUACAGUGAUGAAGGAAGCUACAUCAAAGACGGAGGCGAAGAGGGGGCGCCGUAUGAGGAUGAUGAGGGAGACAUGUACUUGGAUGAAGGACAGUAUAACUAUGAAGAUGGGGAGGAGAUUCCUUAUGAGGAAGACGAACAUUUGUAUCCGCCAAAUGACGUGCAGAGUAAAGCCCAGGCGUCUCCCUACACCCCAAGCACCGCCCCCGCCCCGAUCCCCCCUGAGGGUCUGUCCUCCACCCGGCCUCCGCUGGAGAAGCAGACCUCUCUGCAUCAGCAGCAGCCGGUCCUGGAUCAGCACCAGGCCCCCCCAGCUCCUAAACUACCUCCAGCCUCACAGGACAGCAUCCCCCCUGCUGUUGCUGCAGAGUCUGCCAAGCCCCCCUUUGCUCCUCCACAGCCAGAGCUUGGCAUCACAACUUCCUCCACCCCUGCAACCACAUCCCAGCUUCCAUCUCUGGACAGCAAGACCCAGGAGCCUCCACCCACAUCUGAGGCAGCUGUGGAGGAACCCAAAGACCUCGAGCAGGUUUCAGCAGCAGACGCUGCACCAGCGGCCCCUGAGAUGACCCAGGAGCCUCCUGUUUCCAGCUUCCCAAAGAGGGAGAUGAUGGAGCCAGGUCAUGCCAGAGCCAAGGCCAACUGGCUCCGACUCUUCAGCAGAGUCCGGCUGCAGCUCCAAGAGGCUCGUGGUGAAAGUGUCGGCAUCGCAUCUUUGCUGUUGUCAGCUGGCAUGGGCGGGGCUCUGUACAGCAUCGACAGCAUGCCCGAUCUCAGGAAGAGGAAAGCCAUGCCUCUGGUCAGAGAUCUGGCUAUGUCUUUGGUCCAGAACUCAAGGAAGGCAGGAAUCACCUCGGCCCUGACCUCCAGCACCCUCCACAACGAAGAGCUGAAAAGUCAUGUGUAUAAGAAAACCCUUCAGGCUCUCAUCUAUCCCAUAUCCUGCACCACCCCACACAACUUCGAGGUGUGGACAGCCACCACACCCACCUACUGCUACGAAUGCGAGGGGCUGCUGUGGGGGAUCGCUCGCCAAGGCAUGCGCUGCACAGAGUGUGGAGUCAAAUGCCACGAGAAGUGCCAGGACCUGCUCAACGCCGACUGUCUGCAGAGAGCAGCAGAGAAGAGCUCCAAACACGGUGCAGAGGACCGGACGCAGAACAUCAUCAUGGUUCUGAAGGACCGCAUGAAGAUCCGCGAGAGAAACAAGCCGGAGAUCUUUGAGCUCAUUCAGGAAGUAUUUACCGUCCUCAAGUCCACCCACGUCACGCAGAUGAAGCAGAUCAAGCAAAGCGUGCUGGACGGAACCUCCAAGUGGUCUGCCAAGAUCAGCAUCACAGUGCUUUGUGCUCAGGGCCUCCAGGCAAAGGAUAAAACCGGCUCCAGCGAUCCUUACGUCACCGUCCAGGUGGGAAAAACAAAGAAGAGGACCAAGACCAUCUACGGGAACCUGAACCCGGUUUGGGAGGAAACGUUUAACUUCGAAUGUCACAACUCCUCUGACCGCAUCAAAGUGCGCGUUUGGGAUGAAGAUGAUGACAUCAAGUCUCGUGUGAAGCAGAAGUUCAAACGGGAAUCGGACGACUUCCUCGGUCAAACUAUCAUUGAAGUCCGAACGUUGAGCGGAGAGAUGGACGUCUGGUACAACCUGGACAAACGCACAGACAAGUCCGCCGUUUCUGGAGCCAUCCGCAUGCACAUCAGUGUUGAGAUCAAAGGAGAGGAGACCGUCGCCCCGUAUCAUGUGCAGUACACCUGUCUGCAUGAGAACCUCUUCCAUUAUGUGACGGAUAUUCAGAACAACGGCGUGGUGAAGAUCCCUGACGCUAAAGGGGACGAUGCAUGGAAGGUGUACUUUGAGGAAACUCCCCAAGAGAUCGUAGAUGAGUUUGCUAUGCGCUAUGGGGUGGAGUCCAUCUACCAGGCCAUGACCCACUUUGCCUGCCUGUCGUCUAAGUACAUGUGCCCCGGCGUGCCCGCCGUCAUGAGCACCCUGCUGGCGAACAUCAAUGCGUACUAUGCUCACACAACCCAGGCCACCAACAACGUGUCUGCAUCUGACCGCUUUGCUGCGUCCAACUUUGGGAAAGAACGCUUUGUUAAACUCCUGGAUCAGCUACACAACUCCCUGAGGAUCGACCUGUCCAUGUAUCGGAACAACUUCCCAGCCAGCAGUCCUGAGAGGCUGCAGGACCUCAAGUCCACCGUGGACCUACUCACCAGUAUCACUUUCUUCAGAAUGAAGGUCCAAGAGCUCCAGUCUCCACCAAGAGCCAGCCAGGUGGUGAAGGACUGUGUGAAGGCCUGUCUGAACUCCACCUAUGAGUACAUCUUCAACAACUGCCACGAGCUCUACAGCCGAGAGUACCAGACAGACCCGGCCAAGCAGGGAGCUGUUCCUCCGGAGGAGCAGGGGCCCAGCAUCAAGAACCUGGACUUCUGGUCCAAACUCAUAACUCUCAUUGUUUCCAUCAUAGAGGAGGACAAGAACUCCUACACGCCCUGUCUAAACCAGUUUCCUCAGGAGCUCAACGUUGGUAAAAUCAGUGCAGAAGUGAUGUGGAACCUUUUUGCUCAGGAUAUGAAAUAUGCCAUGGAGGAGCAUGAAAAAAACCGCCUGUGCAAGAGUGCAGACUACAUGAACCUGCACUUCAAGGUGAAGUGGCUCUACAACGAGUACUGCAAAGACCUGCCCUUCUUCAAGAGCCGAGUGCCUGAAUAUCCGGCGUGGUUCGAACCGUUUGUCAUCCAGUGGCUGGACGAGAACGAAGAAGUCUCCAGAGAUUUUCUGCAUGGCGCUCUGGAAAGAGACAAAAAGGACGGGUUCCAGGUCACGUCAGAGCACGCCCUCUUCUCCUGCUCGGUGGUGGACGUCUUUUCUCAGCUCAACCAGAGCUUUGAGAUCAUCAGGAAGUUGGAGUGUCCCGAUCCACAGAUCGUAGGGCACUACAUGAAGCGGUUUGCUAAGACCAUCAGCAACGUUCUUCUGUCUUACGCCGACAUCAUCUCCAAACUGUUUGCUAACUACGUUACCAUGGAGAAAGUGCCCUGCAUCUUAAUUAACAACAUACAGCAGCUCAGAGUUCAGCUGGAGAAGAUGUUCGAGGCCAUGGGGGGGAAAGACCUGUGCGUGGACGCCAGUGAUAUCCUGAAAGAUCUGCAGGUCAAGCUGAACAACGUCAUGGAUGAUCUGAGCCGCGUCUUUGCUGUCAGCUUUCAGCCUCACAUUGAAGAGAACGUCAAGCAGAUGGGAGACAUCCUGGCUCAGGUGAAGGGAGGCUCCAACGUUGGGAACGCCAGCAGUGUGGCUCAAGACGCCGACAACGUCCUGCAGCCCAUCAUGGAGUUCCUUGACAGCAACCUGACUCUCUUUGCUAAGAUCUGUGAGAAGACCGUGCUGAAGCGGGUGCUGAAGGAGCUGUGGAAGCUGGUGAUGAACACCAUGGAGAAAACCAUAGUUCUGCCACCGCUCACGGACCAAACGAUGAUUGGGAGGCUGAAGAGUGCUUCUCACAGUGAUGGAACACAGCUCAUCUUUAAUGCUGCCAAGGAGCUGGGACAGCUGUCCAAGCUGAAGGAGCACAUGGUUCGUGAGGAGGCCAAGGCACUCACACCCAAGCAGUGUGCUGUGAUUGAACUGGCUCUGGACACCAUCAAGCAAUACUUCCAUGCUGGUGGUGUGGGUCUGAAGAAGACCUUCCUGGAGAAGAGUCCUGACCUCCUGUCCCUCCAUUACGCGCUGUCACUGUACACGCAGGCCACCGACAAACUCGUCAAGACUUUUGUCCAAUCCCAGAAUGCACAGGUGUUCGGCGGGAAGGGGGUGAGGUUCACCACUAGUGAGGAUGUUUACCCAGAAAAGGGUUCUGGGGUGGAUGACGCCGUAGGGGAGGUGUCCAUCCACGUGGAGAUCUUCACCCAUCCAAACACCGGCGAGCACAAAGUCACGGUCAAAGUGGUGGCUGCCAAUGACCUGAGGUGGCAGACGCAGGGGAUCUUCAGGCCCUUCGUGGAGAUCUACAUCAUCGGCCCACAUCUGAGCGACAAGAAGAGAAAGUACGCCACCAAGUCCAAGAACAACAGCUGGGCCCCCAAAUACAACGAAACCUUCACCUUCACCCUGAGCAACGAGGUGGGUCCCGAGUGCUACGAGCUGCAGGUAUGCGUGAAGGACUACUGCUUUGCUCGAGAAGACCGCACCGUGGGGAUGGCCGUCCUGCAGCUGAAGGACAUGGCGUCCAAAGGAAGCGUGGCCUGCUGGCUGCCGCUGGGGAAGCGCAUCAACAUGGACGAGACGGGCCUCACCGUGCUGCGCAUCCUCUCCCAGCGCAACAACGACGACGUGGCCAAGGAGUUUGUCAAACUCAAGUCCGACCAGCGCUCCGCAGAGGAGGGGCGCAGUUAGGACGCCGUUCACAGGUGGGGGGGGUAUCCAAGCCGGAGCCUUCCAGAGUCCCCAAGUGACCCGGAGUCAAAGCACAGAUAAGAAAACCGUCACACCUGGGGAUGUAGAGACCCGUCUGUCAGAGGAGGGCAGACAGAACCACGCCCUCUACCAAGAGACCCCGCCCGUCCUUAUUGAGACUGAUGUCAGGAAAAAUCCUCCUCUGGGUUUACAUUUCAAACUCUUCUCACACACACCCAAAACCCUACACACACACCCCUCUUCAGAGUAGUUGUAGAAUUGUUGUACUGCCUGUACUGUUUGGGCUUGUUUUUCACCCCUCCUGCACUUCCUCUCUUCUCUAGUUUUGGGAAGAGAAGGAACCACAAGUGCCGGCAAACAAUCCCUGAGAAACGCCACGGGCAAACCCAAGCACAACCAGGUCCGGGAGUCCGGGUGACCCGGAAACAGCAGGAAUGGCUGCACAGCCCGAAACAUUACAGAAGUCUUACAGAAAACGCAGGAAACAAAUCAGUGGAGUUAAAGUUGUUUUAAUUCAGGUCUUCUAGAGUAUAUUUCUAUCUGAGUCAUUUAUAGAUAAAUAUAUAGAUACAUAUGUACACAUCCAUACAGGCAGGAGAAGACAGUCUGAUGGAGAUGAGAUACUUGAAGGACUGUCUUUGUGUCCGUUUACCCUGAAACAGAGCACACUGCCCAACACCCUCAAUGCCUUCUGCCCUGCUGACCCCAGUCUGUGUGUGUGUGUGCAGAGAAUUGUGUAAGCAAAGGUGUGUGUGUGCGUAUGAAUGUGGACGUGUGUGCAGAGAAUUGUGUAAGUACAGACGUAUGUGUCCACAUGUACGUAGAUGUGUGUGUGUGCACAUGUAACCCUUGUGCUAUCCUAGGCACUUUAACAUUGGGAGUUGGGUCAUCUAGACCCACUAGACAGUGCUCUGAACCUUUUUU